ACGGCCCACUCCGUGGCGUAGGGUGUCGUGCCUCUCUCGAUUGGUCAAUACGCCAUCUGUGUGGGAAAUUCGAAAGACGUUGGGUGGAGUGCAUUUCCUGUUUUGCCAUACUAUGUUUUAAGAAAAGACCCGCUAAAAGUAGAGACGUAUUUGAACAGUUUUCUAUCUCCUCGCUAAAAUGCCGACAACAUUGAGGCCAAAUGCGAAUGAAAGUCACGACACGCCAGUAGAGGAGUUUGAGUUGAAUCUCGAUUCUUACGUCCACGUCGAACUUGAAACUGAAGAUGGCAACGAAAUUCGUAUCGGAAAUGAAUCUUUCGGUUUAAAUCAAGGCAUAAGUCAGAAAGAUAGUGGCCAAGAAGAUCACGAUGAAGUAGAUGAUGGCGAUUCAGACCACUUGAACAGCACAGACAAAUCUGGGACCCGGUUACAGAGAGCUGAAAGACGUUGUCGCGGUGAUGUCACUCUCCCUGACACAUUCCAAACAAACCAGCUUCUCUACUAUGAGCGAUUUAAGGCCUACCAGGACUAUAUGCUUGGUGACUGUAAGACAUCAGAGGUCAGAGCCUUCAUAUCAGACUAUCUGGAAAAGGCAGUAGAGCCAUGUGACUGGCAGGCCCUAUGGUCCACCGAUGUCUUUGAUGUUCUUGUUGAGGUGCAUGCUGUAGAUUGCAAGGAGCUGAAAGCAUGUGUUCAGCUCGCGCUACCUAUCCAGUGUGAGACCCAUGGAUGUGAUCUGAAUGAGGAGUCCAUGAGAGUGCUGCUAGAAGCCACACAACACAAGGUGCCUCUACAGGAACUCCAGUUGGUGUUUGAAGAUUCAGGGGACUUGGACCAGACAGCCCUGGCCAUUGAACACCUUAGAUUUUUCUAUCAGCAUAUUUGGAGAAUCUGGGACGAUGAAGAUGAAGAUGAUGAUUUUGAUUACUUUGUUCGCUGCGUGGAGCCUCGUCUCAGACUCUACUUUGACGUCCUGGAGGACCGUGUUCCAGCAGGACUGGUGGCAGAGUACCACUCCCUGUUGGCCCGCUGCUCAGAGUUAUUCCAGGAGUUCUCCUCACUCCGCAACGACCUCACCUGCGACUCAGAUUGUGAGCUGGACAAUGUGUCGAUGGUGGAGGGUGUCAAGCUGUAUGACCAGCUGGAGAUACUGAAGCGCAAGCUCUGCAUCAUUGAAAACCCGCUUUUACGGUAUGUGCUUGGGUACAAGGGGAAUGCACGCCAGCAUUGUGUCGAGGCAAAAGGUUCCAGGGCAUCCGGGGGAAGGGUCAUCCAUGUUGUCACAGCAUCCACUUCAGCCAGUCAACUCCAGUCCCUCCUGAAUGACAAGUUGCUGCACCUGUGCUCUGCCGACGACACUGAAAUACAGUUCCACAGUGACCCAGUGUUGGCAGUAGAUGCAUGCUUCCAGGGCGAUGCUGUUUUGAUACUCCCGGGACAUUACUCUGUAACCAGUUCCCUGUUACUGCCUGAUUCCAUAACCAUAGAAGGAUUUGGCCUUCCUGAUGAAGUGGUGAUCGAGAAAAAGAACAAGGGUGACACUUUUGUUGAAACCACUGGAGCUGCUAUCAAAAUUUCCAAUGUGAAAUUCAUCCAGCACGACGCAAUCGAAGGCAUUCUCUGUGUGCGUCAGGGGAAGCUGGAGAUGGAGAACUGUGUGCUGCAGUGUGAAACAACGGGGGUGAUUGUACGAACCUCUGCCCAUCUUAUCAUGAAUUUGUGCGACCUCUAUGGCUCCAAGGGGGCUGGCAUAGAGAUCUAUCCUGGCAGUGUAUGCAGCAUUACUGGGAAUGGAAUCCAUCACUGCAAAGAAGGAGUCCUCAUUAAGGACUUUGCUGACGAACUAGAUGUGAUGCCCCGUAUCAUCAUGGAAAACAAUGUGAUUCAUAAUAAUGAGGGCUAUGGAAUAAUCCUAGUCAAACCUACCAAUCGGCUGCAAGAAGGUAAUGGCAGUGUACCACUGGAGACCGCAAUGGACAACCUUGCUGAAAAGGACCAUGGGAGUGAGGUGGCCCAUGAAAAAUUGCACCAGCCACAAGAGAAUCCAAAAGCCCAUGCAAAUCCUCCACCAGAAGAGGUUCAUGGACCCCUCUCCACUGAUGGCCUUGUCUCACCAGCAGCCUCUGCCCUGGCGACCCCUAGAGCGGCCUCCAUGAACGGUCUCGGCGUGCAGCAUCAUAUUCUGGGUGAGACACCCGAGCCGGCCACCACAACCUCAACUAAAAAGUGGCAGCUUUGUCGCCAGUUGAGCAGAAACAAAGACGCGGGCACUACGCACACAGACAUGGGGCUUCUGGAGCAGAAAAUGUUUGUCUCGAUUCAAGGCAACCAGUUCAAACGCAACGGCAUGGGGGACUUUGGCACUUUUCUCUACUAAUGGACAUUGAUAGACACAAAUGUAUGUUGUCUCAUUUGUGAGACCGAUGACAGCUUCUCAAGGACCGUAAUUAAUGCUGAAUACUUUUUUAGAGAUUUUAUCACAGCCAUCUAAUACACUUUAAAAUGAAUCAAGUAAAGCUUUUCUUUCCCUUUGUCACCAGUAUGUAUCACUCAUGUGAAAAUAUUUUGGACUUGCCCUAUUUAACAGUUUUCUUGUGUUUUAUUAUAAGCUUUACAGCUGUUUUGAAAGCAUUUCCGUUUUAUUUUAUUGGAAUUUCAAAUUCUUAAGAUAUUAUUGAAUCAACUACCAUUAGUUUGUUAACUGUGGAAAUAAAAUGUUAUCACUAAAUACUUAGUAUUUAGCAUUUGUCGUGUGUGUGGGUGAGAAAUUACCACGGAUGGAAUUAAAGUAAAUUGUCUGGGUUC